CAGUUUCCUUUAAAAGCUGAUCAUUAUUCCUGUUUCUGCUGAGUCUUACAUUUACUAUCAAACCAUGAAAUAUUGGGUGCUGCUGGCCUCAACAUUAUGCCUUCUGCCCCUCUCAGAAGCAUAUAGGAUUGUGGGGGGCCGAGAGGCCAAAGCCCAUUCCAGACCGUACAUGGUGUCUCUGCAGAUCAAGGGCCAGAGCUUCUGUGGAGGAGCCCUCAUCAAUCCAAAAUGGGUUCUCACUGCAGCACACUGCAUGGAAGACACUCCUGUGGACAUUGUACGGGUUGUUCUCGGAGCUCAUAACCUGAACCAACCAGAUAACUUUGUUCAGGUAUCAUCUGUCCAAGAAUCAUUCCAGCACCCAGGUUAUAACCCAAGAACCUUUCAGAAUGACCUUCACCUCCUAAAGCUGAACAAAUCAGCCAGCAUUACUCCCUAUGUAAAAUGCACAAAUCUUCCUCACGCUGACACAGAUGUACUUCCUGGGACUGCAUGCUCUGUUGCUGGCUGGGGACAAGUGUCAGAUUUCGGGACUUUACCUACAGCUCUGAUGGAAACAGAUGUAAAUGUGAUCACACGUGCAGCCUGUAAUGAGUCUUGGAAACAAAGCAUCGUCAACAGCAUGAUCUGUACUGCAAGCCCUGGGCUGCGCAUCAAGGGUUUCUGCUCUGGCGACUCUGGAGGACCUCUUGUUUGUGAGAACCGCAUUGAAGGAGUGGUGUCUUUCUCCGGAUUCCGCUGUGGCAAUCCUCUUACUCCUGAUGUUUACAGUCGUGUUUCAUCCUUCCUGUCCUGGAUUAAAACAGUGAUAAAAAGAUCCUGAGAGAAAA